AUGGCGGCGGCGGGGGGCUCCGGGGCCGCCGCCGCUGCUGGCGCGGCUUCUCCUUCUUCGGCUUCGUCUCCUUCAGCCUCCAUGGCGACGCCCGCGGCCUCGUCGUCCUCCUCGUCGUCGUCUUCCAACCCUCGCAAAUUCAGCGAGAAGAUCGCGCUCCAGAAGCAGCGGCAGGCCGAGGAGACGGCGGCCUUCGAGGAGGUGAUGAUGGAGCUGGGCACCACACGGCUGCAGGCCCAGAAGCUGCGCUUGGCCCAUGGCCGCGGGCCCUACUGCUACGGGGGAUCCCUGCCCAACGUCAACCAGAUCGGGAGCGGCGCCCCCGAGUUCCAGAGCCCGCUGCACUCGCCCCUGGACCCCAUGCGUGGGGGCGCCCGGCACCACCGCCUGGUCAAGCAGGUCCAGCGAGACCCCCGGCGCAUGGUGUCCCCGCUGCGCCGCUACAUGCGCCAGAUCGACAGCUCUCCCUACAGCCCUGCCUAUCUCUCGCCCCCCGCAGAGCCCAGCUGGAGGAGGGCCGGGCCGUGGGGCGGAUUCCCCGCCGAGAAGGGACACCUCUUCCGCCUGCCGUCGGCGCUCAACAGAACCAACUCGGACUCGGCCCUCCACACGAGCGUCAUGAACCCCAACCCGCAGGACCCCUACCUGGCCGCCUCCCAGGGAGGGCCCCCUCCCCACCGCAAGGCAGGCUACCUGGAGAAUGACAUGGACAGCAAAGUGUUUCUUUUCCAAGUGCCUUCCAUCGAAGAGAGCUUCCUGGACGAAGGCAAGCAGCUGCUCAAGCCCUGGGACACCAAGAAGCUCUCCUCGUCUUCCUCUCGCCCAAGGUCCUGCGAGGUGCCCGGGAUCCACAUCUUCCCGUCCCCAGACCAGCCUCCCCCGCUGCCGCUGCUCCCGGCCCCUCUGAACACGGGGGGCUCCCUGCCGGACCUGACCACCCUGCACUUCCCUUCCCCGCUGCCCACCGCCCUGGACCCCGAGGAGCCCCCCUUCCCCAGCCUCAGCGGGGGCAGCAGCACCGGGAACCUGGCCAGCACCCUCACCAACCUGGGCAUCAGCAGAGACGGAGGAGGAGGCGGCGGCGGGAUGGGGCUCGGGCCCGGAUACGACUCGCCAGGCCUGUGCCCGGCCCUGGGCGGCUCCCUGAGCAACCCGUGCCUGCAGUCCUCCCUGCUGGGCCGGCCCCUGCGGCCCCCCGCGGCCUCCGCCUCCUCCUCCUCCUCCGGGGCCCCCGGUCCGGGCGGCCUGGGCCCCUCCUCGUCCUCGUCCUCCCUGAGCAACCCCUCCCUGCGCUCCUCGCCCAGCGGGGGCUCCUCGUCCUCGGCCUCCUCGCUGCCCUCCUCCCUGAGCAGCCAGUCCUUCUCCUCCUCCUCGCUCAGCAACCCCUCGCUCUCCUCCUCCCUCAGCAACCCCUCCCUCCCCUCUGCCGCCUCCUCCCUCGGCGGCGGCGGAAGCCCCUUGCCCCCGCUGCCCCGCCCCGGCGCCGACCCCAACGCCCCCCCUGCCGCUUCCUCCGCCGCUUCCUCCCCGCGCCGCCGCGGACCCCCCCCUCCGCUCAGCCCCCUGACCCUCCCUCUGAGCACAGACGCCAGGAGGCAGCAGCCGCAGCAGCAGCAGCAGCACCCCAAACAGUUCUCGCCCACCAUGUCUCCCACACUCUCCUCCAUCACACAGGGGGUGCCCUUGGACACCAGCCGGCUCCCGGCCGACCAGCGCUUGCCCCCCUACCCCUACGGCCAGCCCUCGGGGAUGCUGCUCCAGCCGGGGCACAAGCCCCUCCACCAGGGACCGGGCAUGGCCACGCAACAACAACAACAACAACAACAACAACAACAACACCAGAUGGCCCACCACCAGCCCCCCAUGCAGCACCAGCAGCCGCAGCAGCACCAGCCGCCCUGCAAUUACCCCAUGCAUUACCAGCCCAACUCCAUGUUCCAGCACCAGUUCAACCAGCCGCUGGGUGACUUCGGACUGGGAAACUUUGACCAGUACGGCUUCAUGGACAACAUGGGCGGAGGAGGCUUCUCCUUCAACAGCAACUUCCCGGAUGACUUGGGCGCCUUCAAUUGCUUCCCAGGCGACGGUUCAGGUGGUGGAGGAGGAGGAGGAGGCGGGGGCGGCGGGGGGCACGACCCCCACCUGCUCAACCGGCAGAACCUGAGCCACUGCAGCCGCCACGGCCCCAUCCCCAACAUCAUCCUCACCGGGGACUCUCCGCCGGGGAUCUCCAAGGAGAUUGCCUCGGUCCUGGCCGGGAUGCCGGGCUUCGAGAUGACGGCAGCGGCCGGGGCGUCUUCGUCGUCGUCGUCGUGCUCCCCGCUGGCGCUGGAGGAAGACCUGCGCAUCGAGCCCCUGACGCUGGACGCCUUCAACAUGCUCAGCGACCCCUUUGCCCCGCUGACCGACACGGCCGUGGAGGACUCCUUCCGCACUGACCGCCUCCAGUGAGACCCCCCAUAGGACCCCUCCCCCACCCCACCCCGCACGCGAGCCGAGGAAGUCAACAAAGAGGCAUCAUCAGCAUCGUCAUGGCCAGAAUGCUUCUGGCCAUGUUCCAGAAGCAUUCUCUCCUGACGUUUCGCCCACAUCUAUGGCAGGCACUCUCAGACUCGGGGAUUAUAUAUAUAUAUAUAUAUGUAUGUAUGUAUGUAUGUAUAAAUUAUAUAUCCCCGUGGAACUCUUUGUCUGUUGGAGGCAAGUGGGAAUGUCUAGCCUUCGAAUGGCUUUGCAGCUUCAAAGCCUGGCUGCCUCCUCCUGCCUGGCGGAAUCGAUCCAUGGCCAGGAGGUGUUAUCUCACCCCAAUGGCAGAAUGAACAAACUCUCUCUUGUCCCCGUCGGAGGCAAGUCUGGAUGUUGCCGUUGCGUUGCAUUGAAUGGCCUUGCAGUCUCAAGGACUGGCCGCUUCCUGCCCUGGGGGGGGGGGGGAUCUUUUGUUGGAUGGGGUGUGUAUGUAUGUAUGUGUGUGUGUGUAUAUAUAUAUACACACACACACACAUACAGUAGAGUCUCACUUAUCCAACAUAAACGGGCCGGCAGAAGCUUGGAUAAGCGAAUAUCUUGGAUAAUAAGGAUUAAGGAAAGGCCUAUUAAACAUCAAAUUAGGUUAUGAUUUUACAAAUUAAGCACCAAAACAUACAACAAAUUUGACAGAAAAAGUAGUUCAAUACGCAGUAAUGUUAUGUUAUAAUUACUAUAUUUACAAAUUUAGCACCAAAAUAUCACGAUGUAUUGAAAACAUUGACUACAAAAAUGCGUUGGACAAUCCAGAAGCUUGGAUAAGUGAGUGUUGGAUAAGUGAGACCCUACUGUAUGUAUGUAUAUAUAUACAUAUAUAUCCCUGUGGAAUGGUGUCUGUUGGAGGCCAGUGUGAAUGUUGCCAUUGGCCAGCUUGAUUAGUGUUGAAUGGCACUGUAGCUGCAAAGUCAAUCAGUGAAGGUAUCUGCAUAGAUGUGGCCUGGCUGUUGCUGUCUGGAGACACCCUCUGUGGAGUGAUGCCCAGGCUGGAAGAGCCCUUUUCUGUUUGAAGCAAGUGUGAAUGUUGCAGUGAGCAAGCUUGAAUAACAACGAAGCUGCAAAGUCAAAUCAGUGAGGGUCUCUGCAUAGAGGUGGCCUGGCUGUUGCUGUCUGGAGACACCCUCUGUGGAGUGAUGCCCAGGCUGGAAGCGCCCUUUUCUGUUUGAAGCAAGUGUGAACGUUGCAGUGAGCAAGCUUGAAUAACAAGUGAAGCUGCAAAGUCAAAUCAGUGAGGGUCUCUGCAUAGAGGUGGCCUGGCUGUUGUUGCCUAGAGGCGCCCUCUGCGGAAUGAUGUCCAGGGUGGGAGGAAGAAAGGACUCUUGGUCUGUUGGGGGCGAGUGUGGACGUUGCCAUUGGUCACCUCGAUGAGCAUCGAGUAGCCUCGCAGCUUCGAAGCCUGGCUGCUUCCUGCCUGUGGGUGUGGAAUCCAAAACCUGCCAUUUUGGCCCCUCGUUGUUUGUAUCUUGUAAUAAUUUUCCUUUUUGAAAGAACCUCUUCUUCCGACAGCCAAGGACCUUUUGUAGCAUUUCGGGGAGGGGGGGGUCGGAGGGUCUUCCAUCGUCACUCAUAUAUAUAUAAAUAUAAAUAUAAAUGUAUAAAUACAUAUUUUUCAAAGCCCCGUUGUGUACAUAUGUAAUAGUCCCAGUCUCCCCCCCCCUUUCUCUCCUCUUGUAAAGCACUUGUAACUUUUGCCUCAUCGUCCAGAGGUCAGUCCGGUGGGAGGGGUCAGGGGUCAAGGGCCGUGGGGGAGGGGUCAGCCAGGGUCCCCCUCUCCCUCCCCCCUUCCCCUCCCCGACAGAGAUUUUGUUUUUGUUUUUUUUAAAAAAAGAGUGAUUUUAUUAUUAUUUUUUAAAUAUAUGUUAAUUAUAACAA